UAUGAAGUGUGUCUGUUUGUAUAAAAAAUUUCGCGGGGAUUUGUUUCGUGCUAGUGGGAUAUGGCUUUGGGUGGAUCGACCUUCCUGCACAACGCUACAAUGCUGGAGCAACUCCUUGAAGAGAUCAAUUUCCAGCGAACCAAGGAGAUGCGUCAGUUGAUGAAGGAUGACUCAGGGUUCGUGGUGCUGCAGGGCACGACGUACUGGACCGACCUGUUCGUGCGCCACUUCCUCUUCCAGGAGGAGCAGUCGAUUGACUGCGACGAUCUGCUGUUCUUUGUGCGCAAACGUCACGUGAAGGGAUCCUCGCGCUACCUGCCCAAGUAUGAGACGGACGUGGAGGUGUUUCGCAAGGACUCCAAAAAGCUGCCCAUCGGCGACCCGGAGAUCGACUGGGAGGAGACCGUCUACCUCAACCUCAUCGUGCACCAGUUCGACUACACGCUCACGCUGGCCAUCUGUACGCGGACCAGCCCCAAGGAGCUGCAGGUGCUGAAGAGGCACUCGCAGAAGGUGUACGCGUCGCCGAGCCGGCGCAAGAUGGACACGAAGGGCGAGGGCGAGGAGAUGACGUACCCGCACAUCUGCUUCAUGGUCGACAACUUCGAUGAGGUGUUCUGCGACAUCGUGGUGCGCGACGGCGAAAUGGUGUGCGUGGAGCUGGUGGCGCGCGGGCGGGGCGGCGCGGCGCAGGCGGUCAUCUUCCUCGGCUCCAUCCGAUACGACGCGCUCACACGGGUCUACGAUGCGAGGCAAUCGUCGCUGUCGACGAAGGUGGCGCAGCGCAUGUCGUUCGGUCUGCUGGGCCGCGGCGCGGGUUCGGCGGCGCGCUGCGAGUUCGUUCGCAUGAAGGGCCCGGGCGGGAAGGGACACGCCGAGGUGGCGGUGUCGCGGCCGCGCUCGCACGGCGCGCACACGCCCAGCUCGGAGCCCGGGCUCGCGGCCGCCGAGCUGUGGGACAGCGACUGCGAGGACGACGUCGACGAGCUCUUCCUCUAUCGCCACCAGCGGCGCCUGAGCGACCCGAGCGCCAACAUCGCGACGUUCGUGCGCGGCGGCUGGCGCGCGCGCGAGCGCGACGACACCAGCCGCUCGGAGGGCGGCGCGCUGGACGCGCUGGGCGGCCUGGCCGAGGUGGAGGCGGGCGACCUGCGCGACGAGCUGGACGACGGCGCCUACAACCCGCUGUGGGCGAUGCGCGGCUUCACGCAGACCUUCCACCUGUGGAAGGAGGGCCGGCGCGCGCAGUCCGCGCCGCUCAACGCCUUCCUCACCUACGUCACGCUGCCCUGGUGGAGCAUCGCCAAGGACAUCUUGGACCACCGCGAGGAACCCAUCCUCACAUUCUGAGGCGAACACCCCUCGCCCCCAGCCUUGCCUGCACGGGAGGUCAAUCCGCCAGUCCUCCGAUCUCAUACCAUUAAAUAUGAAGAGACCUCAACAAAAGUGCAUCCGUUUGUAACGAAUAUUAAGAUUAUUUAAGAUAAUUAAGUAGAAUUAUUUAAGAUAUUUAAGUUAAUUCUUAACGGUACGACAACUAUCCAGCUGUGAGCACAAGGCUCCUGGAGAAAUAUUUUUAUGUCAACAAUAUUUUUCUAAGAAACGUUGUUGGUGUUUAAAAUUGAAUUUCAACGAGACAAAAAAAAAUGAAUCUAGUCAAUACUUUAAAAUCUAGUUUCUAUAUUCAGUAAACGAGCCGUUUUAUGAACAUGACAAGUUCGAAAUUUAACAGUUUAACUUUUGUUAGACAUUUUCGUUCGAAUGAACGAACGAACGAGAACGAACGAAUGGUUUCGUCCGCUCGAUCGAAUACGCGUAACCAAUCGUUUUCUGAAUAUAAGAAUCUAGCCUAAAUAGCAAUUUUUCUCAAAAUUUAAUUGUAUUUAAAAAUCCUCAGAUUAACAAAUGAUAUUUUUAGUAAUAACGUAAUGACGAUGUACAAGAUAUUGUAUACAGAAAAAACAAUUGAAAUAAC